UUUUUUCUUUGCCAGUAAAACAAGAGGUAAGAGCAUCAUCAUGUCGUCAUGGCGACCAUCCUCUUCAGCAUCACCUGGAUACCAUUGUACUUCUCUGACUAACCACAGGGUGACACUCUUUCUCUUUGGUGGUUACUGUCAGCACCGACAGCAAACACAGAAACCCACGGGGCUGAUGGGAGAUGUGAGGAGCUGUUAGAAACCACGUGGCCCUCGUCUGAUCUCACAGCUCGUCCUUGUUUGGCCUCAGCUGCAUCAGAGCUCCACUUCUCCCCAGGUUCACCAGAGGAAACACCACUCAACUAAAUGCUUUUCCUCCCAGCUGCUGCUCUGUGCUGUCUGUGUUCAGCGCUGGCUGCCAUGGCAACACAGCUGAUUCAGGAUGAUUUAACAUUGACCAGGAGAGUUGGUGGAGACGUCUCCUUCAACUGUCGAGGCACUGAGCAGUGUGACGAUGAUGAAGUAUUCUGGUACCAGAAGAGAGACACAGAAACAUUCACAAGGAUUCUGUAUAUUAUGAGGAAUACUGGUGUCAUAGAGAAGGAGAGAUACAAUCAUCCUCAGAAAGAUGAUUUCUCAGCUGUGAAUAUACAGAACGGCUGUAAGUUGCAGAUCCAGAAAGUUAAACUCGAUCAUUCAGCCACCUACUACUGCUCCUGUUGGAAUGUGGGAGUCGGAUUGAUCUACAUCUUUGGCUCUGGAACUAAACUGAUUGUAACAGAUGAGCCGGUAGUGAAGCCCGUGGUGAGCGUGUACCCAGCAGCAUCCAGAGCCCACCUGGAGGGGAAGAGCUCCCUGCUGUGUCUGGCCUCAGCCAUGUUUCCUCCUCUGGUCCAGUUCUCCUGGAAAAGACGAAAGGAGAAUGGUCCUCUGGAGGAGCUGCCCCGUGAUGAGGGACAGCAGCUGGAGAUCAGAAAGUCGGGAUGCAUCGCCUCCAUCUUGCUGAUCCAUCAGAAAGAGAACAGCAAAUAUAAAUACAGCUGCUACGUCCGGCACGAGGGGGGCACAGUGGAGGCCGAAACAGAACAAGAGGUUUCUACUCUUCCAACAUCUCCACCAUCACUUCCACCAGCCACUUCUGUCCCGUCUCAGCACCUCAGUACAGUGGAGGCCCAAACAGUGGAGGCCCAAACAGUGGAGGCCCAAACAGAACCAGAGGUUUCUACUCUUCCACCAUCAGCUUCUGUCCCGUCUCAGUACCAAGUGAAGUUGUUCUGUCUGCUGUACACCCAGCUGAUAGUGAAGAGUCUGGUGUACUGCUGUGGACUCUCUCUGCUGAUGAUCCUCAGAAACAAGGGACCAUCCACCAGCUGAACACAUGCUGACUGUUUUCUGCAAGCCUUUUCUAUCUAUAAAUUCAUCUAAUUAAUCACUUUGAUCAGUAUUGACAAAUAUCAAUUAGGACGUGUUGUAGUUGUCAACCUAAACAUACUCAUACAUAAAUAUAUUUUUGAAGUUACUAAGUGUGAAUUCUAUGUAGUGUUAUUUUAAUACUAUUUGAUACUGAUUAUUUCU